GCGGUGCGGGGCGCGCGGCCCGGCCAUGUCUCCGGGGGAGGCGGCGUCGGGCUGAGCGGCCGUGCGCGCGGCGGGGAGCGCUCUCCGCCACCAUGAGGCGGCUGCCGCUGCCCCUGCCCUGCCUGCUGCCGCCGCUGCUGCUGCUGCUGCCGCCGGCCGAGGUCAGAUGUACAAUUGCCUGCACUGAGGAUUGCAGCUCAAGAAAUGUAACUGCAGAAACAGGAGCCAGUAGUAAUGACAAUUUAUCAGUAAACUCUACAAGUGGGAACAAAGCCUACGGAGGUGGAAGAUCCACCAGGGAUAUGUCACUAUCCAACAGAGCAAUAAGUGAUCGGAACAAUGUAACACAGCCCGUCCCUGUUCUUGAUAUCAAAGCAGAAUAUGUUGGUAUGACUUACAUUAGCUUAACAUGGGAAGUAAAUGACACUGCUUCGAACUCCUACACCUACAGGAUAGAGGUUGUAAAUGGUACUUCUAUUAGGAACCUGACAUCCACUGUCACCACAACUAAUAUUACUGACUUAAUGCCUGGGACGUUGUAUAAUUUCACAGUAAUUGCAGUAGUGAAUGAUGAUGAGACAGAAGGAGAAGGACUGUCAAUAGGCCUGUAUACAAAGCCCAGCCCAGUCCAGGAUCUCAAGGCGGAGUAUGUUGGUGCUGAGAAAGUCAGCUUAAGAUGGGCAGUGAACACCACUGCUUCCAGCUCCUACACGUACAGGAUAGAGGUUGUAAGUGGUACCUCUGUUAGGAGCCUGUCAUCCAAUGUCACUGAAGUUGAAAUUACUGAGUUAUUCCCUGGGACGAUGUACAGUUUCACAGUAUUUGCAGUAGCGGCUGAUGGUCAGACGGAAGGAGAAGCGAUGUCCAUCAGCCUGUAUACAAAGCCCAGCCCAGUCCAGGAUCUCAAGGCGGAGUAUGUUGGUGCUGAGAAAGUCAGCUUAAGAUGGGCAGUGAACACCACUGCUUCCAGCUCCUACACGUACAGGAUAGAGGUUGUAAGUGGUACCUCUGUUAGGAGCCUGUCAUCCAAUGUCACUGAAGUUGAAAUUACUGAGUUAUUCCCUGGGACGAUGUACAGUUUCACAGUAUUUGCAGUAGCGGCUGAUGGUCAGACGGAAGGAGAAGCGAUGUCCAUCAGCCUGUAUACAAAGCCCAGCCCAGUCCAGGAUCUCAAGGUGGAGUAUGUUGGUGCUGAGAAAGUCAGCUUAAGAUGGGCAGUGAACACCACUGCUUCCAGCUCCUACACGUACAGGAUAGAGGUUGUAAGUGGUACCUUUGAUAGGAACCUGACGUCCACUGUCACCACAACUAAAAUUACUGAGUUAUUCCCUGGGACGAUGUACAGUUUCACAGUAUUUGCAGUAGCGGCUGAUGGUCAGACGGAAGGAGAAGCGAUGUCCGUAAGCCUGUACACAAAGCCCAGCCCAGUCCAGGAUCUCAAGGCGGAGUAUGUUGGUGCUGAGAAAGUCAGCUUAAGAUGGGCAGUGAACACCACUGCUUCCAGCUCCUACACGUACAGGAUAGAGGUUGUAAGUGGUACCUCUGUUAGGAGCCUGUCAUCCAAUGUCACUGAAGUUGAAAUUACUGAGUUAUUCCCUGGGACGAUGUACAAUUUCACAGUAUUUGCAGUAGCGGCUGGUGGUCAGACAGAAGGAGAAGCGAUGUCCAUCAGCCUGUAUACAAAGCCCAGCCCAGUCCAGGAUCUCAAGGCGGAGUAUGUUGGUGCUGAGAAAGUCAGCUUAAGAUGGGCAGUGAACACCACUGCUUCCAGCUCCUACACGUACAGGAUAGAGGUUGUAAGUGGUACCUCUGUUAGGAGCCUGUCAUCCAAUGUCACUGAAGUUGAAAUUACUGAGUUAUUCCCUGGGACGAUGUACAGUUUCACAGUAUUUGCAGUAGCGGCUGAUGGUCAGACGGAAGGAGAAGCGAUGUCCAUCAGCCUGUAUACAAUUCCUGCAGUAGUGAAUUCAUUUCAUUGUGAACCAGUGGCCAAGCAGUCUUCCCUGAUGCUGAAAUGGGAAUGUCCUUCUGGUAACAAUUCCGGCUUCAAAAUUAAAAUCUUUAAUGAUACAUGGGAAAAAGAAGAAUGGGCUCCAUCCUGUAUGAGAGAAGGCUCAGAGGAAACCUUCAGAACAUUGUCUUUGGAUUAUUUCAGGACCUAUGUUGUUACUAUUGCAACUCUUUCAAAUAGUUCUGAAAGCCGUCCAGUGCAGCAAAUGUGUAAUACAAGCAUUACUGACCCACCUGCUCCAAGCAAAGCUCCUUUAGUCAAGGCAGUCAGUCACAGCUCAUUAUCUGUUGAAUUCUCUGAUUUUGAGUCAGUGAAUGGACCGUUGAAAGCCUAUGCAGUGAUGAUCACAACAGAAGAACAAGGUUGUGGGUCUUUGAAGUCUAAAUUGAACAACACAUACAAAGAUUUCAAGAAGAGGACGACAGUCACCUAUGUAACAUACGUCAUAGAUAUAGAGCAGGCAAAAUCACCUUCUUUCCGUUCUCAGAAUGGUACAAACAUCAUUAAUGUCGGCAAGGGAAACACAAUGUAUGCCUACGAAAACGGACCAUUGAUUCCUCUUCAUUCAUACAGGGCAAGCAUUGCAGGUUUCACUAACAUAACCUUUACUAUGGCCAACAUCAUUGUGGGGGAAGAUAGUUACGUAUCAUUUUCACCCUGUUCUGAGGCAGUUUUGCUACCCCAGGAUCCAGGUGUUAUUGCUGGAGCUGUUAUUGGAUGCCUUUUAGCUAUAUUGGCUGUAGUUUCUAUAGGGGGUUUCAUAUUCUGGAGAAGGAGAAGGAAAGAUAAAAGAAAUACUGAAGUGUCCUUUUCUCCCAUUAAAUCAAAAAUCAUUAAAGUGGAGAACUUCGAGUCCUACUUUAAGAAGCAGCAAGCUGACUCCAACUGUGGUUUUGCUGAAGAGUAUGAGGAACUCAAGUCUGCUGGUGUUCAUCAGCCCAAAUUUGCUGCUGAACUUGCCGAGAACAGGGGAAAAAACAGAUACAACAAUGUCCUACCAUAUGAUAUUUCUCGUGUGAAACUUUCAGAUCAAACCUCUGCAACUGACGAUUAUAUUAAUGCAAACUAUAUGCCUGGCUAUAACUCAAAGAAGGCCUUUAUUGCCGCACAGGGCCCUUUACCCAGUACUAUAGAAGACUUCUGGCGCAUGAUUUGGGAAAAGAAUAUUUACUCUAUUGUGAUGUUGACAAAAUGUGUUGAACAAGCCCGGACCAAAUGUGAGCAAUACUGGCCAGACAAACAAUCCAAGAGCUACGGUGACAUUACUGUGACAAUGGUCUCGGAGGUUGUCCUUCCAGAAUGGACAAUAAGGGACUUCACUGUAGAAAAGUCUAACACGCCAGAGAGCCACACGGUGCGCCAGUUCCAUUUCACCUCCUGGCCAGAUCAUGGAGUGCCGGAGACAACAGACCUUCUCAUCAACUUCAGACACCUUGUUCAUGAGUACAGCAGUCAAAAUCCAAUCGACUCUCCUACUCUGGUGCACUGCAGUGCUGGUGUUGGGAGGACAGGAACAUUCAUUGCCAUUGACCGCCUGAUUCAGCAGAUUGAAAUGGAGAACACUGUGGAUGUCUAUGGAGUGGUGUAUGAUCUUCGCAUGCACCGACCUUUAAUGGUGCAAACUGAGGACCAGUACGUCUUCCUAAACCAGUGUGUUAUGGAUAUUAUUAAAUCCCAGAAAGACAAGAAAACAGAUCUUAUUUACCAAAACAUGACAGCAAUGGCAAUCUAUGAGAAUUUCACACCUGGGCCAGGCUUCGGGAAGGCAAAUGGCUACCACGCAUAGCCUGGAAGGAAUGCCAUGUCUCCAGGAGGCGUUACCUGCACAUAGGAAAGGGAGAUGUUCUGCUCAAGUUUUCCAGGAUUGUGUGGAGUGUCUGGCUUCUCCAGUUCUGUCUGCAUUUGACGAUGUGAUCUGCGGAAGGAAAACCAAUUCUGUCAGGAGCUGCAGAUUGAUAUAAAAGAAAAACAAAACAAAAAACAAACCAAGCAAAACUAUUUAAAGUUAACAGAAGAAUCUUGCAUUUUCUUGGGAAUUUAACAGUACUGAUAAGUGAAAAUAGCAUUUGCAGUAUGAACGGUGAGCUAGUAUUUAAUAUUAAAAUAAUAACACAAGCUUUUUAUUACAAUUUUAUAUGAUUUUAUUUACAGACACCAGGCUUGUGGGCUGUUUUAAUAUAUUUAAUUAUAAGUUUCAGGAACAUAUUUUAUCUACUGUAUCUGAUUACUUAGCUAAUAGAUAUGUGCCUCUGUGAGUUUGGGGUUUUUUUUUUCUGUGUUCCUGUUUAUUUAAAAAAGGAGUACAAACAGCUCCUUCAAAUGGACAUUUAUAUUUGGAAAUUGUGCCUUUUCCAGUUGCUACUCUAGAAAAAAACCAGCAGAGAUUCUAUUUUUGUACUGAAACUCCUAAUGAGAACACAGAUUUUUAAAUAAGGCUUAUGUCAAACUUAACUGUAGUUGCACUGUUGGCAGGACUCUCCAGAAGUUUGGAGGUGAGCUUUGUUUUUGCAUUUCACCACAAAUAGCCCCUGCCUUAAUGUUUCGGUGCCUCUGCUAGAGCAAAAGGAGUGUGGUCUGUCACUCCAAGCUUUAACUAUAGUAAAAAAAACUGAGCAAGUGAGUAUGUGAAUGUGUGUGCGGGUAUGUGUGGGUGUGUAUGAAGGACAGAAUAGCUUCUCCCUGUUCCUGGCUGAUAUUCCUGUUUUUAUACAAUUUAUAAUGAUUUAUUUAAAGGUGCAAUAUAUAAUUUACUGAAUAAUGAUCACUCUAUUCUAAUAGAGUUUUACUCAGGUUGGUGUCUUUUUAUCAUUGUUGUUGUUUUUUCUCAAAUAUAUAAAUCUGUGAAAAUGUCGAAACGAAGGUUCCAUGUGUCCAAGCACUCCCAGAUUGACAGGCUUUAUUGUUUCUACCAGAACAAAUUGCACAAAAUUCUCCUGUAAAGACCAAUUUCUCAGUUGUUUUAGCCAUUCAAAACUGAGACGCAUCUUACCUGCCUGCAUCUCAUUGACCUAAUGUAAUGGUUUUAUAAUUACCUGCAAUAUACUGCUGCUGUUGUUUUAACUGGUCCUUUUAAAAAUGGAACAAACAAGCAGAAACCCCCUAGCUGCUGAUUUUACAAGUCAAGGAUCAGAUUGGAAUUAUUUUGCUGGUACAUAACUGCUAGACUUAUGAAGGCAUUACCAAUGAAGGACUUCUUAAUUUUAAUUAGGUGGGGGUGGGGGGUGGGGGGGUGUAGUUUUUGGUCUUUGGAUCAUUGCACUGGUUGCAUUGCAGAGGAAUACAAAGUUUAUGAAUAAUGCUAUAGAAUAGCUAUAAAGUGGUGAAAGUCUUAUGAAGGUUUAAUAACCAGAGUCCCUGGUAUUCUGCUGCUUUGUUUUGUGUUGUUUUGGGUUUUUGUUUGUUAUAGCAGAGUUGUCAGAAGAAGCUACAGAUGCUAGGAGUGUAUGUGACAGUACAGUGGAACCUGGCGACCUCAGAGUCCACUGUCAGCUGAAGGAAAAUGUAGCAAUUCCUGGUGCACAGCUGUAACUUUACAGGUAUACCGUGGAAUUUUUUACAACCUGGAGUGAAAUUGUGGUGUGCAAUGUGUGAACAAAACUGGAGGACAAACCACAGUGUGCUUCAGCUUUCAGGGUUUUGGGGAGUGUUUUUUGGGGUUUUUUGUAGCAGCCACUUCUGGGUUCUUGAAUAUUUUUUUUCUUUCUCUGAAAUACUUAGAAAGAAAAAAACAAAAAAAAAAAACCCCACACACAUAAAAAAAAUCCCAAAAAACCCCACGAGGUUAAUGAUCCUGCCUAACUCCAUCCAAACUGGCAUUCCACGUAGUGGAUCUCUCACCUGGCAUUCUUUCUAAGCUGCUGUCAGAUGACAAAGAUAAACCACUUGGACCAAACAGAACCAUUCCAAAGGAACUGGGAGGGAAGGAAGUCUGCCCCUUAGUCAUGUUAUAUUUUUCUCUCUUAAGCUUUCAAUUACUGCACAUCUGUGCAGAGCGCAGAGACAGUAUUGAUUACGGCAGGUCUCCCAAGAACUUGCUGCCUUAGGGUGCUGAAUGCUCUCUUGCUUCAGAAGGCCCUUGUUUUGUAUAGCACAGAAGAGAGGGAGACUAAUCUUCUAUGCUAGAUCACGUUUGCAUUGUAUUGCAGCAGAACAUCAGAAAACGAGCUUAUAAUGGUAUGUGUUUCUGCCUGGUCACUGCCCAGAUACUGUUAGAGAAAGCAAACCUAUCUGUCCUGUUGUUUUGAUGUUGGAAGCAGGUGCCAAAUUCUCCCUUGUGUUGCCAUCUAAUGAGUAUCUGUUUUUAAUACACGUGUAUUCCCAAAUCUGACCCAUUGUGAGAAGAGACAGAAGUUGGAAGGAAAUGACCUGCUGAUAGCAGGUAUAGGUGGAAAAAGUUGGUAAGGCUUAAAAUGUGGUAAACACAAAGUUGGCCGUAGUAUUGAUGAGAGGAAGUAGAACAUGCCUCAUAGAAUAUCUCUGCAGGAAGAGGAGGAUUAAAGGCAAUGCUCUACUACCUUGUUGAUCUGUCUUGGUCAAGAUGAUGUGAGUUCCUGCAAAUACUUUUUUCACUGCCUUCUGAUGUUCUGUGUGUUACAGUCGCUGAGGUCUGUCUCUUUGGCCAAUGUUUUCUCUUGCUGUUGCUUAUGUAAAGAUACCUGCUUUUCAGGCUGAAAGCUCCACUGUGUGGCAACUACAUCUGCAUUUCUGUUCAAUUCUUUCUUUCCAUUUGGGGCCUGCUUAAGAAGGGAAAAGUUGAUGUGUGUCAAAUAAGUGACUGCUGAAUAUCUUGAAAUUAUGUAUAAAUCUUAAUUGUUUUCAUAUUUGUUGUACAGGAAAUUUCAGCACAUGUCUAUAAUGGUUUUAAUGGUUUCAUUUGUUUUUAAAGAUAUAAAAAUAACAAUUAAAAAGCAUCAUCCUAGA